CGAAGGAAAGCAAAGGAAACUAAAGAAGCGCCGAAAAAUUACACAACACACCGCUCUCAUUCACCACCGUUCAACUGAUACCCGCGUGCAUCGGCAGUCCAAGACAACCAUAUCCCUUAGCUCAACAUGACGCAGAAAGUCUGGACCCGCCGUUUCCCCGCCGGCUUCGGCUUGGAACAGUCCCUUAAGGCCGUCCGCAACCCGAGCACCGCUCCCUCCGCCAUCCCGUCUCCGACUCGCGACGUCGAGGCCCUCAAGGAGGACGGCGACUCAUUCACCCUCUCGUCCUUCACGUACGAAGACGCCUUCGAGCUCGGCCACCUCCUGCACGCGCGCCUCCUCCCCUUCGCCCUCGUCGAGGGCAAGCCCACACUCAUCUCCAUCGCCCUCGCCAACAGCCAGCAGGUCCUCUUCCAGACCGCCGUCGGCCCCGGCACGCUCCCCGACAACGAGACCUGGGUGCAGCGCAAGCGCAACGCCGUGCUGCGGUGGGGAUGCAGCACCUGGCUGCUCCACAACAAGCUCGGCGGCGACGAGCAGCUCUUCGCCUCGAAGUGGGGCAUGAGCGCCGAGCAGGCCAGUAAGUACGCCAUCCACGGCGGCGGCGUCCCCAUCCGCGUCCCGGGAGUCGAGGGCGUGGUUGCUGUUGUCGUCGUGAGCGGCCUGAAGCAGGACCAGGACCACGGUGUGAUCAUGGACGUCAUCAAAAACAACUGGGAAUGAUUGUGCCUGGAAAAGGGAGCCGGAGGAGGGGAGGGCAGCCGAGCUGAUAACGAUAAUGGAACGAAUGAUGACGGCC